UAGUUAGUAUUGGGAUUUUAAACGAAACGUGUAUAACAAAUUGUAAAAUGUCUGUCCAUUCAGUACAAUCAUUUUCAUUGCUGAUUCGCCAGUGUAUUCGUAACAGCAGUCAUCGUUACUCGACGUCAUCUGCAAAAAGAACAAUGCCUUGUCCAUUUUUAGCUCGUUUAUCGCCCAAUUACAUUCGAAAUUAUGGAGCUUCGGUUGUGAUGAAUUUUCCUCAACAUUGUCCAGUGAUGUCGAGAAUGAUUAACACGGCUUCUGAAAAUGCUCAAGUUCCUGAAAGCAUUGGCAAUAAAUGUCCCUUUCUUUCGAAUGAGCCUAAGGUCGUGAAGGAGGCGAAUCCAGCGAUGGAGGAGGACAUCAUCAACGUCGCCUCGCCACCUGCGGAGGAAAAUAAUUUUCAAUAUGAAAAAUUUUUUCACGAGCAAAUAAUGAAGAAGAAAAAGGAUCACUCUUAUAGAAUCUUCAAAAAGGUGAAUCGUCUCGCUCAGGAAUUUCCAAGUGCAAUGGAGUAUUCCUGGGGUGAAAAACCAAUCACCGUUUGGUGUUCAAACGAUUAUCUUGGAAUGUCACGUCAUCCGGCGGUUAUAAAUUCCGUGAGACAAGCUCUUGAUAAAUUCGGUGCUGGCGCCGGUGGAACACGAAAUAUCUCUGGCAAUUCAAUGGGACACGAGAUGCUUGAAAAACGAUUGGCGACACUUCAUAAAAAGGAAGCGGGCCUGUUAUUUACUUCCUGUUAUGUGGCAAAUGAUUCCACAUUAUUUACAUUAGCCAAGAGUCUUCCAAACUGUCAUAUAUAUUCGGAUGCCGGCAAUCAUGCGUCAAUGAUUCAGGGAAUACGGAAUAGUGGUGUGCCGAAGCACAUAUUUCGGCACAAUGACGUUGACCAUCUUGAGGAAUUAUUAUCGCAGGUCGAUAGGAAUUUGCCUAAAAUUGUGGCAUUUGAAACUGUACAUUCCAUGACGGGCGACAUAUGUCCCUUGGAGAAACUGUGUGACGUCGCUCAUAAAUACGGGGCCUUAACAUUUGUCGACGAGGUGCACGCCGUUGGGCUUUAUGGGUAUUCUGGUGCUGGCGUUGGUGAGCGAGAUUGGGUGCUGGACAAAAUGGAUAUCAUCUCGGGAACAUUGGGCAAGGCGUUCGGCAAUGUCGGCGGAUACAUUGUUGGCAAUGCCAAAUUAAUUGACAUGGUGAGAAGUUACGCAUCGGGAUUUAUCUUCACAACUUCAUUGCCACCAACCGUUUUGUAUGGAGCGUUGAAAUCGGUGGAAAUUUUGGCCUCGGAUGAAGGUCGCGCCUUGAGAUCGGCACAUCAAGCAAACGUUGCUUACAUGAAGUCGAAUCUUUAUUCUGCCGGUCUUCCAUUGGAACCAUCAUCCUCACAUAUCAUUCCAAUAAAAAUCGGAGAUCCACUUUUGUGCUCGCAAAUAGCAGAUGCCUUGAUACGAGAAAAAGGACAUUACGUACAAGCUAUAAAUUAUCCAACUGUUGCCAAGGGAGAAGAAAAAUUGCGACUCGCGCCAACACCAAAACAUACAAAUUUAAUGAUGGAUAAAUUUGUCGAAGACACAUUAGAUGUAUUUCAACGGCUUAAUAUUCCAAAAGUCGAAAUAAAGGCCCAUGAAACACCGCGCGCAAUUCGUGUGCAUUGACAAUUGUAUAAACGUACAUAUAAUAUCAAUAUUAAAUUCAAAUCUCUGAAAAGGAUAAUUAUUUUACAAUUCUUUGUCUUUUUAUUUUAAUAUGAAAUAAUUUAUUAAUGUAAUAGAGUCUAAUAUUGAAUGUAAAUGAAUCAAUUUGUUAUUCAGAGAGAGAUAUAUUAUUAUAUAUAUAUAUGAGAAAAUCAAUGUUAUAUCCUUCUAAAAAAAAGAUAUUCUUCUGUGAAUAAUAUUGAAUUCUAACUUU